AUGUCCACAACUUCCAACAAGUCGCGGAGUGAACGAGAUCCAGAGAACGCGACCGGGCAGGAUCGCGAGCAGGAGAUGGACCUAGGCUCGUCUCUGAUGCCACGAUUCGUGCCAUGCUCGAGAAGGUUCAAAGCACAACCUUUCUUGAAGCUCGAGAGCCCCUGCCAUCCUGUCUGGGCUCUCCUGCUGGGCCUCCAGCAUGCCGUGAUGGCCAUCUCCAUGAUCAACUUGGUUCCUGCUCGCAUAGCAGCGGUGGGUCGAUUCGACAAGAGCUCUGAGAAUGCCAUGCGGUCUUGCUCGCUCAUCGUUGCCGCCGUCACCAGCGCAGCCCAGCUACUGAGGGUGAACAUCUGCGGUGAGUUCAACCUGGGAACGGGGCUGGUGAGCCUGGUGGGCUCGAGUGUUGUUUUCCUCCCCCUCGUCGAGACCUUCCUGGUGGACAUGAUGGGCAAAGAUUCUUCGGCGCCGUGCAGGACCGACGCUGACUGUCCUCUGCCCUGGUCGCUGGCAGUCGCUGGAGGAGUGGCCAAGGCCGGAGUGACGAACCUUGGGCAGUGCAAUCUCACAAGCUCCCGAUGCCGAUACAGCGGGGAGGAGGCGUACAUGAAGUUCGUGGGGACCGCGCUGCUGUCUGCCGUCGUGCCGCUCUUCUUUGGAAUCCUUCCUCCUUCCCUUCUCCACUUCCUCUUCCCUCGCAGAAUUCUGGGCAUCUGCUCCCUCCUGAUCGGGGUCUAUCUGUGCUCGGUCGGGUUCAAGCUGUGGGGAGGAGGACUGGACUGCGCUGCUUCAGCUACUGUGAUGUGCCAGAGCAACGGGGAGGUUGCGCUCAAGUUUGGGUCGGUGGAGUACCUGGGCCUUGGGUUCGUCUCGUUUUUCAUCUUCUCCCUAUGGAACGUCUUCUCUCCUCCUCUCAUCCGCAGCUUCUCAGUCUUCGUCUCCCUCCUCGGGACUUACCUCGUCGCCUUCCUCUGCCGACAAGGGAGUGGAAGCUUGCGGUACGUCCAGGACCCUCCGAGCAUUGUGGAUCGAGCGAUGUGGGGAAAUUUUCUCUACAUUGACAAGAAGGUCAGACUUGAUCAGGUCGGCUUUCAUGCCCCGCUCCUGGGACCACUGGUCAUAGUUCAGUUCAUCGUCGUGCUGAAGAUGAUGGGAGACAUUGCUUCCUCGUUUGAUGCAUCAAUGUGCGACGAGAAGGACGACGAGGUCAAGGAGGAGGACGAGGACGAGGAGGACGAGAAGGAGGAGGAGGAGGAGAAGGAGGACGAGGACGAGGAGGGGGAGGUGCUUGUGCUGGAUCCAGACCUCCAUCAGAGAAUUCAGGGGGGUCUUCUUGCAGGGGGAUUCGAAUCUGUAUUCUCAGGCAUAGCAGCAAUGAUGCCGAUACACACAAUCUCUCACUCGAACUCCAUCCUCUUCCUCUCACGAUGCGCGAACCGGAUGGUGGGAGGGGCUGCAAGUUUCUGGCUGCUCCUCUUCGGCGUCGUACCCAAGUUUGGAAUCACCAUCGCUGCCAUUCCGUCCUGCGUGGUUGGAGGGAUUCUCACUCCAUUAUUCGCGGGUCAAAUCUCCAUCGGGCUAAAUAUUCUGGCGAACUCAUGGGAGGACGAUCACUUCUUCUCCUACCGCUUCCGUCUCCUCCUCGCCUCCGCCCUCACCUUUGGCAUCGGGGUUGCAGUCGUUCCUGCUUGGGUCUACCAGGACAUGGGGCCCAGCCUGGAUGCCCUGGGAGUCUCGCCGGUGCUACGGGAGGCCAUCCUCCUCCUCGUCUCUGCUCCCUUCAGCGUCGGCACGAUGGAGGUAAAAGAGGAGCUCCAGGACGUGCUGGUUGCCUCGGAGAAGAAGUCUGAGGCAGACGAUCAUCCAGCACGCAAGGAGAAGCAGGACAAGGAGAAGGAGAACAAGAAGGAGAAGGAGGAGAAGGAGAAGAAGGAGGAGAAAGAGCAAAACGAGGAGGAGGAGGAGAGAGCGAGGCAGGAGAGAGAUGAGAAGACGGAGAUAGAGGAAGAGAUGCAGUGUGACACUGAAGUCUCAAAGACUGACAAGGAUGCCAUCACUCCUCCGUUUCCGCCUGUAAGCUGA